CAGCUUCAUAAUCCCCUCUUUAAAAAAUGCAAUAUCCUAUUAACAUGAUGUAUCCAAAAACACUCUCUGUGCUGAGAUUUAAGCGCUGAUUAAACACUCUCUAAUACCACAGAACUGUGCAUUGCACCUCACAGUUUAGAUUGGAACGAGGAAUUUUGGAUUAACAUGUGCGAAGACCUUCAGACGGCUAUAAGACACGAUGUCGUUGAACAUGAAGACCAACAGAGACGGUUUACAUCGUUUUACAUCUCAGAUAUACUGGGCGAUCGAUCGAAUAGACCGCAGAACCUAAUUUUAGAAGAAAGUAGUGUGUUUGAAGUGGACAGUACUCAAGAAAGGACUAUCGAACUGUCCACAAAAGGUACUAUAUUUCCGUCAGUACGGCUCGUUUUCUUUCGCCGAAACGUAAGAGUCAAGUGUAGCACCAAUAAGCAGUGUCGUAGUUUGUGUCUAAACUAUAACUGAAAUAGAUUAAAAACCUUUCGACUUUUCGAGAAAAGCCAAGGUUCGUUACUAUUUUAAUGAGGAGUUGAGGGCUGCUAUCUUCAAGAUGAAGAUCCCCUUGUCAGUAUGCUAGCUCCAUUUGUCGAAGUGUUUUCAUAUUUUUUAUGUAUUCCAAAUAUGGAAGCUUAUUGUUUUGUUUUAAAGGACUUUUGUUUGUGGGACCGUAUAAGGUAUAAAAUUGAAUAUUUUCUUGGCUUCUGUUGGCUUCCCAACUGGUGUAAUUACAUCACCAAUACAGCGACCCUUCAUUAGUAGCAAGAAUGCCGACAUUUUUCUAAUUUUCUCUUGUAAAACGGCUGGGAAACUUCCUGUGCAAUAACCGCUAGCUAUAAUGAGUAAUGGCGAUUGAUGCACUGAAUAUUCAGCAAUAUCGUUGGAGAAAUAUUCAUUGUUAUUCAUCUAUCAUAACAGCCGUUGAGACAUCAAAAUUGUUCAAUAUUCGUCAUGAAUCUAUACUUAUAUUGAGAAUAUUUUUUCAGUUGGAACACUGAAGUAUAAAAGCGGGCAAUGUAAACGAUAAAAUAACUGUGAUAAUGCUGUACACAAGCCUGAUUUUCACUGACUAGCGACGUAUGUGAGGAGAAAUCAAGACACGACCUGGUUCUAGAGGUUUAUAAAGACUAAUUUAAGAAAGAGUUUUCAGUCAUUUAUGGUCUUCGUGCCAUAUACUCAGUUCUUGUCUUGCCGGGGUUUGUCUGAAUGUCAAGAGGACGGAGAAAUGUGCAUUUUCUUCUCGUUAGAUCGACUAGCCAACGUGUCCGUAUUUACAAAGCACUGACCCUGAUAACUUUACUCAGUUUACUGUAAUGCUUUCAGUGUUAAAUCUUAUUCUUAUAUAAACGUUUGGUAGCACAUGCAACAAUGUGCGCUUCAGCGAAACAAUGCGGCUUUGCCUUUGGGAGUAUUUGCAGGCAGUAAUUGUCAUAAGUUUCGUGCGAAAUAUAGUUUUAAAUAUUGCAAUGCUGUUCAUAGAUGACUUUACACAAUUGUAGCACUAAUUCUUCAACUGAGCUCGCAAAAUAUCCUGCUAUGAGCCAGAAUACGUUGAUAAUAUAAUUAUCGACCCGAAUAUUCACUUCGCGGCCUUCGGCUUUUCUUGUUUAUAUAAACUUUGAAGUGUAUUCGAGGUUUCCGAAACGGACAACGAAGCGCAUAAAAUGAUAAUUAGCUAGCAUCAUUAAGACCAUUUUCAUUGUAUUAAUAUGAUUUAUUGAUCAACUUUCUUUUAGAAAAACAAGAAGGACACAUUGAGCAAGAAUCUUCAAAGCAAGACAACGAAUGUAGCUCUUCUUCAACAACGGAAUCUUCAGCCGAACAAGAUGAAGCGAGUUUCUCAAAUCUUAAGAGUCGCUCGCCAUUCUUAGCCGAACAACGCGAAAUAUUAGAGAAAAUAUUUCAAGAAUCAAAAUACAUUACUUCAUGUAAAAGAAAAAAACUUGCUUCGGAGCUGAAGUUGACUGAACGACAAAUUAAGGUAAACACUGUGUAAUGAUAUUUUCAAUCACGCUGAAUUUAUCAAAUGGUAGCAUGUACGAACAGAAAUAUUAAGUUUAAGAUCUACGAUGCGGCCGGUUCAACGACGCGUUUUCGAAACAACGAAAUUUGUCAUGCAAGACAAAAACUGUGAAUAAUUUGUGGUUCCAGGGUAUUCUCAACGGCUUUGCAACGUGAAAGCUUGGCGACCCAAGAGGUGUUACGUAAUAUAAAGUCGAAAUUACAGCAAACAUUGCAUCGCUAUAGUCGAACUUAGCCAUUCGUAAGGUUAUUAGUUGAAAAAGCUUCAAACAUUUAUCACAGUGAUCAAAGUGCUUAGCGCUCAUCAUUGAAAAGUAAUGAUCUUUCAAAUAAAUCAUUGAAAAGAAUUGAAUAAUUACAAUAUAUGGAUAAUUUAGUAAUUGUCCUCGCUCUGUUUACAACGCCAAAUCACAGAUUUUCACGUUAGUCUUGAUACAACGGCUGCAUUUCAAGCCGUAACAAAAUUCAAACUGGGUUCAGCAGAAUUCUUCCCAACCAUAAAAGCCAUGUCUUCAACUAGUCUAAGACUGUAUUAAAUUCACACGAUUGAUAAUAUACGACGGAUAUCUUUACUACCAUUUAUUUGAAGGAGUUUGUUUGGCCGUCGUCGUCGCGUUGCCGUCCUAAAAUCAUAAGGUCUCUAUUCUCUAUUGACUAUACGAAACACGACCGAAUUUCUCCGGUAUUCUCUGAUUUCAUUGUGCAGAAACAGUACGUGACCAAUAAUUAAGGGAUGGUCUUUACCGGAUCGCGAGAAAACGAGUUUGGAAUUCGGCUUGAUAGAACUUGGUCAUAGAUAUCUUAUAUACACUAGAUAGCGCAUCUCUUUUAGUAAAAUUGAAGCCAAGAAUAUUCCAGCGGUUACCCCCAUUUGAAUAGAUGGCGGCCAUGUUGGUAGUUCCCACUCGCUAAUAAACGCUUAAAAAACAACAAUAACUUUCAUCAUUUGAAUAGUUUAAAAAUGUAUUUGAAAUAGGUUUAACUUAAUGUUUAAGUUCCCUGUUUAAGAAAUAGAAAAUAUACGAAUCUUCUCAUUUCAUGGGAAUAUCCUGAGUCUGCAAUCACGGCUUCAAUUUUUGAAUUGCAAAAUAAAUAGAUGCACUGUGAUCUAGUGUAUAUAAGAUAUCUAUGAGCUUGUUAUAUCUUGCGAUUUAGUAGUGAAUAUCACAUUUUGUUUAUUUCUGUAGAAAUAGCUGAUCAACAAACGAUGGCCCUUUAUACUGGACCUCUGCCUCUUGGCAGAACAGUUCACAGAACUGAUAGAACUAUCCAGUAUAGAUAGUAAGAUAAAAUUAGUUUAGGAGUCCUCCUGUUGUAACACCAAAAAGGAAUGAUUGCUACUGGAUAUCCGUGGAGGACAGUUCAGAAUCUUGAAUAUAUACAAAGCUUUCUUUUGUUCAUUUUCACAGACAUGGUUUCAAAAUCGUCGUACAAAGUUUCGGAAAGUCCGAGGCAAUGACGGUCUCCGACGACAAGAUGCGUGCAGUGCCGAACACGAUGGUGCCUCCAGAGUUCUUUCCAACAUCGACGGAGGAAUAAGCGGUCUCCCAAAAGACUGGGUUAUAACAUUGUACGAAUUGAUUUCAAAAAGUUGAAAUGAAAGGUGGGAUUUAUAUGAUAGCACACACGAGCGGGUUUGUUCGUACAUUAAGACCUAUCUCACAUUGUAACUUUUCCAAUAGAGUCCCAAUAGAGAAGUCUGUCCAAAAGCGUUUUUUCUUAAGAAAUUGCAUGCUUUUUUCUACGUUCCCAAUUAUUUAAACGCAUUCGGAAAGUUGUCUGCAACAUUGAACUAGGAUCGAAGGAGUCAUUGUAAAUGUACUUUAACUUUUUAAAAUUUUGUAAAUAUGCUAAGUGACCAAAUUGGUAACAAUUAGUAACAUAAGUUUUUAUCACACCUGGAAAAAAAUUGCGAUCCUGGAUCUUGAGGAACAUAUUUCCAUACGCCGUUCACAAAGCGAUGUACGUUAUGAGAGAAUUUUAAGGAAUCAUUAUAUCAUACUUCCUUAGGGACCGGUCAUAAAGUAACUGCUAGGAUGGACCGCAGGAAAUAAGGAUGGGCCAUGAAAUUAUUUUCAUCAGUUUGGAUGGGCCAUCAAUUUGUUUAGUUUGUGCAAAUGGAUGGACCACGAAACACAUAAUAUAACCUGUUUGCACUCAAUACAUACUAUAACUACUACACAACUUAUGAGCCGUGAUCAACGGUGACUGCGAUACUGUACAUACAUAUUCAUGUAUAGCAGGAUGGGUCGUGAAAUUUUUCCAAUGACCUACGCUUUGAAAUUUUUUCUAGGUUUUCAGGAUGAGCCACCGGUUUUUUUUGGAAAACGUAUUUUUCCCUCCGGCCUACCCUAACAGUUACUUUAUGACCAGUCCCUUAUCUAUCAUUUGAGAAGUGUUGUUUCGUAUUCAAUUUUGGUGUAAUGACAGUCAAAUGUUUCAUUGUUGGGUUUUUUUUUCACUUUUGAGGAAGAACAUUUGAAA